AUUGUGCGCGGUCCCUCUGGUCCUCUGGUUGCUCCUCUGGGAUCUUCACUGGUUCUGCCCUGUUAUGUUGAUGAACCUUUACUAAUGGAGGAUCUGGAGGUGGAGUGGAGAAGAACAGACUCAGAGACUUUAGUUCAUCUGUUUCAAGAUGGAGAGAGUCGACCAGAGGCACAGUCGCAGGAUUAUCAGGACAGAGCUCAUUUCUUCACUGAGGAGAUUAAACACAGAAACUUCUCCCUCCGGCUGGACCAUCUGAGAGCUGAAGAUGAAGGACGAUACACAUGUACAGUUCACAGUCAGCUGGAGUCUGGAGAAACUGAGGUUCAAAUAAAAGAUGUUGAGCGUUUGCUGGUCUCAGGAUCAGAUCGGUCCAUCUCUGCGUCUGUGGGUGAAGACGUCACUCUGAACUGCUCUGUCGACUCUCACAUCAAACCUGAACACUUAGAUGAGGUUUCCUGGAAGAAAAUUGAUAAAGAGAAUGAAGAUGAAGAUGUUCUGGUCCUGCUCUACCAAAACAACAAGACCUUUCCAGGUUCAUCAGAUGAGCGAUACCGAGACCGAGCUGAGUUCUUCACCGCUGAAAUCCCCAAAGGAAACUUCUCUGUCCAACUGAAGAGCGUCAGAACGGAGGAUAAAGGGGUUUACAUGUGUCAUGUGUUUGCUGGAAGACAUUCAGCCAAUGCAACUGUAGUGCUGGACCGACUGGGUUUCUCUGCGUUACACAUAAUAAUGCUGAUUCUCUGUAUCUCUGCAUCUGGAUCUGCACUUCUGCUCGUCUGUCUGAUCUACUGCAGAUCUACUACUGAAGACUCAGUCUUUCAUCUUCAGAUGUUCCUCGUCUUCUGUCCAAAUAUUCUGAUGUGUCUCGCUUUCGUCCUCUGGGGGUUAUCUGAAGGAUCUGUGUUUGAGUCGGUCUGUUGUUAGUAAUGUGUGUUUGUGUGUGUGUGUGUGUUUCAGGAUCUGUGUUUGAGUCGG